CUGAAAUUCAUUAUACACGUGCCGGCCGCCGCCGCAGCCGCCGACCACGUAACCGCGAUUCCCUCCCGGCAAAACACACAAUCCGCAACGCCAUGGCGAGCUUCCCGCCCGCGCCGCCGCCCAAGCCCGGCAGCCACGAGACGAGCCGCAUGGGCACGCCGUCCAGCGGACCUCCCUUGCCGCCUCCUCCUCCUCUCCUGUCGUCGCAGCAACAACCACAACAUCAGCAGCAGCAGGGACAGCAGCAGCAGGGCUACUCGGCGGCGACGGCGGGUGCGGGUGCGGGUGCGGGUGCAGGUGUGGGGGGCGGCGCGGACGACGGCGGGCUCUUGGGCGACGUGCCGUUCCCGCAGUCGGACGUCGGGCCGGACCCCGGCGAUGGAUGGCUGCCGAGCAUGCUGCAGGACAAGUCGUGAGAAGACCCCCUUCCUCCCCGUUUUCUCUCUCUCUCUCGUUUUUCCUCUUACUCCCCAUUGUCUGCAAACCAGUCCUUUGUUUCCACUGACCGUGGUGUUGAUGGUGGUGGUGGCGGUGGUGCCCCAUCAUCGAUGGAACGUACACAGCACCCAAGACCUCGCCGCGCUGCUCGCCUCGCCUCCGCUCCUCAGCGCGCUCACGCACGCGCCGCACACGGCGCACCCCACGCUCGCCGCCUCCCACGCCGACCUCGCGCUCGCGCUCGCGCAAAACGCCCGCCUCGCCGCCCACCUCCGGCGCAUGGCCGCCCGCCUCGCCCGCCAGCGCUCCGCCACCCAGGCCCAGCUGCUCGCCACCCACGCCCUCGAGCGCCAGUGGCGCCAGCGCCAGUCCGACAUGGACCACGCCCUCGCCCCCUUCUCCCCCGCGGGCCUGUACCAGCGCCUCGCCCAGGGCCUCCAGGAGCAGGGCAACGUCUGCCUCGCCAUGGAGGAGAGCUUCCUCGAAGGCGGAGGAGGAGGAGGAGGAGGAGACCACAUCGCCGCCGACGCCGGUACUACUACUACCACUGCCGGUAUAGCCGGCGCGCGUGGUGCCGACGCCGCUGCUGGCGGGGGCCAGGCGUCGGAGCGCGAGGUGGCGGACUGGGUGCGCAGGUAUAGGGAGGCAAAAGUCGAGUACUACUUGCGGCAGGAGAGAAAGGAGAGGUGGGAUGAGGGCCGCGUGGGAGGCUGGAGGUGAAUGACGACGAGGAAGAUGAUUAUCCAUGGUUCCGUUGAAGAAGCGACAGAAUAACGACGACACGAACGACCUUGACAACAUCAAGCACCAUAACAAACACGGACAUCCGGACGGGCACGACACACAAACCGCAAAGACAGGAUGCAACACGGGAGGCUCAAGCCACAUCAGUGGUGCAAAUUCCAAGCUCUGAGAGACGCAUGCCCUCCCUUUCGCCUGUAUAUACAUAUAUUGGCCCGGCGAUCUCGACAACUAUGUGCUUCUUCGUCCUCGUCUUUUUAUUCUCGUGUCGUCGUUAGGAAAAACUGCGCGCCGUGCCAUGUGGUAUAUCUAGCGACGCUCAUGUGCCCAAACAACCGCCCUCCUCCCUCCUCACUUAGACGUGUUUCCCAGUAGAACGUGAGGAAGGACC